AAAAAAAUACUAUUUACUCAUAGUUAUUUCUUUUCUUUAGUUAUAUUAUGUUAUAUAAUGCAUGGUUAAUAUAAUUAAUACUAUAGAUGGAUGAGGAGAUUGGUGAAGUACCGUAUGCUUCUGAAGUCUGGAUGGCUACACAUGGGUUCUUGGAUGAGCAAGGCCAAACACAAUGGCAUGAUCCAGAAUCAUCAAGGAUAUAUGAAGAGAUGCAAAGGAUUGAGAAACAACCAACAAAUGAUAAUGAGACUGGUCUUACUCUAGAUGAUGUCUUAAAAGAGGUGUUUGGCAUUAGAUCUGGCUAUGUCUGUGGUAAAGGAUUAGGAUACAAAGCAAGCACUAGAGGAAUGUCAUGUGGUUCUAGAAAUGAGGAAUUAAAUGAAUUGAGAGAUGAGGUAGCAAGGUUGAAUGCUCGUUUGAAGGAAAAAGAACAAUGCAAUAAUGAGAUAGCACAACUAAAUGCUCGACUCAAGGAACAAGAAGAGCACAAUUUGGAGUUUUUUAAAAGAUUUGAGAGUGUAAUAGGAUACAAAUCAUCAGAAAGUUAG